AUGUGUCUUCGGGAGAGUUUUAAUUAUCCGACUGAUACAAUUUUCUCAGGAACGAAGUUCGGUUGGAACUUUAGAACUGGUCAAGAAGCGUAUCUAUCAUCAUGGAAGAGUAAUGAUGAUCCAUCUUUGGGAGAUUUUACUUAUCACUUUGAUCCUACUGGUUAUCCACAACAUGUCUUGAAAAAAGGUUUGCUGGUGCUGUUUAAAAGUGGACCUUGGAAUGAACUCUGCUAUAGUGGGAAGCCUAACAUGAAGUAUAAUCCUAUUUACAUAUAUGGAUUAGUUCUAAACAAAAACGAGGCGUACUUUUCUUUUGAACUCCUCAACAGAUCAAUAAUUUCAAGAUUUACCUUGAGUGAAAGUGGUGUAAGACAGCGCAUUACAUGGAUUAAUCGAACACGAGUGGGAGAUAGAUUUCAGCCUAAAGAUCCAGAAAGAUGGCAAAAUGCAGAUUUGUCAAAUGGGUUUGAUGGCAGAACGCCCUUGAAUUGCCAAAAUGGAGCCGUAUUUUUCAAGAAUUCUGGGGGAAGUGGAUGUCUACUUUGGUUUCAAGACCUAGUUAACAUCAAAGAUGAAUACGAUUAA